AUUUUGUGAGGGAAAAUGUAAACAGUGAUCUUUGGCACUUUUUGGAAGAUUCAGUUUUUAAACAAGAAGCUUCUUCGAGACAAACUUUGCAACUUUUUGGUAUUUUAAGUGCUAUGUUAUUUUGUCACAAUUCUAACUGCAAAUUCCCCCUCCCAAUGAUUCUUGCUGAUGUCAUAAGUAAGCACACUAAUGACUCUACAUUGUGCCAUACUAUUUUUAAUACUUUUGGCAUUAUUCCCAGCAAAACAACUUUUUUGCGAUACCGUAAUGACAUUGCUGAAAAAAUACAGAACCAAGGCCCUAAUCUUAGACAAGAUUCAUUCUUUUAUAUCUCGGUUGAUAAUGUUGGAAAAGAUACUAAAUAUUCCAGGAUUAAAGCUGAUAACACUUCCAGAAGAGUUGAAAAGACAUCUACUCAAUUAGUUCAUAUCAAGCCUUUGUCAAAUAAACUUUCACAUGAAGAAAAAACAACUUUUUCUCAAACAGCGUUAGUUACCAAAACUGGCUUGUUUUUGAAAAGUUUUGAUGUUCGCCAGGAUUAUUUGAUGUUGUAUAGAGCCAUUACAUCUAUUUUGUUUUUUGAUUUAAUUCAUUGUGAACGAAGCGUUUUGGGCAAUCCAUCAGUCAUAUAUUUUUCUGGUUUAGAAACCAAGUUUGCAAAACUACUUUAUGACAAGGUUCAGUCCACAAUGUCAAACAAUACUUCAUAUUUUGAGAAAAUUGACCCAAAUGUUCCAUUUUUUAAAGAAAUAGUGGCUGUUGUAUUUCUCACAGGUUUCCCAAUAGGCAUUUUUUCCCAACUCAAGUCCGGAAAUUUUGAGCAGAU